UCUCCAGCACAUACUGCCUAGCAGCGCAGCUGUAAAAAACUAGCAGGGAACAAGUCGAUAAACGCUCCACAGCUGCAACAUGGAUGGCAACAAGCCAGCGACAGCUCCUUCAAUGACAUGGAACCGUGAGAAUCCCUACAUGUUCCAGUCUCGUUCUCCUCCAGCUUACCAGGACAGCUCCUACCCGGGCUCAGCAAACUCAGCACAGCCACAGGGCUAUGGAUUUCCCCAAACAUCUGGCUCAAGGUUUGACCAGCAGCCUUACAGGCAGCCUUAUGGCCAGCCCUUUCAGCAGCCCAACCAGCAUCUCAACCAGCAACCUUACUCCGUGAACCUGGAAAGACCAGUACAGCCAGGUGUUCUCACUGUGCAGCCACCAGCGUAUAAUCGUCAAGCAGGCCCUGUUAACGACUACUUGGGCUACUCCAUCUUCACCUUGCUCUGUUGCUGCCUGCCAUUGGGAAUAGCUGCCCUUGUCAACUCCAUCUCAACUCGUAACGCCAACAUCAGUGGUGACAGCGUGGCAGCAGAACGGAGCAGCAAACAGGCCCGGAUUCUGAACCACGUGUCUCUGGGAUUUGGGCUUUUAAUUUAUCUCAUAAUGAUUAUAAUGGUAGCAAUUUCACUUACAUAACUUCUUAUAUAUGUUUGUCUCACAUUUUUUUAAAUGUGCAUCAAUUACCCAGACAAUAGGAAGACAUAUGGCUAUAUGUCCACAAAAUCUGGGUAGAAGCUUGAAUCUGACCACUUAAAAUAAUUCCAUUUAUUACUUUAAUCUGUUUGUCUGACUGUGUUUCUAAUUUCAGUGUCUACAGUCAGACUUAUUUUUUUCAUGUUAAUCGAUAUUAUACAACAUUAUCAUUUUAUCUUUAUUAUUUCAGCUAAAGUGGCAUCUAUGAAAAACCCUUUGAGACUUUAAUGAAGAAUAUUGUACUCGUUGAAAUGUAAACGUGUUUUUUUCCAUGAAAUAGACGCCUUUUCAAUAAUUUGUGCGGAUAUAACCGGUUUAGUUCUGUGUAAACUAUUACCAAAAGCUCCUGGCAUACUUUUAAAAUGUGUGAUCUCUUGAUAGCUUUUAAUAGGUGAAGUUAAUGAAAAUGCUUUAUUUUUUAUUCUAUGAGUUUUAAUAUGUCUGUGAAAUGUGAUGUAUUGCAAUCACAGUUUUAAUCAUUUCAUGUUUUGGAUGCAUGGGAAACAAUAAUAAAGCAAAAACAAAU